UUGAUUGGCAACAACUUCCUAGAUAUGUAUUAAGUUUAUGUACACGGUGAAUUGAUUUAUAAAUCCGAAUUCAUCUUCAAAUUUUGUGAAUAAAAUUUAUAUAUCAUCAUGACAGAACAGCUUUGCUUAAAAGGCUCGUUGCUGGGCCACAAUAAUUGGGUUACCCAAAUCGCUACAAACCCAAAAUUUCCUGAUAUGAUCUUGUCAUCCUCAAGAGACAAGACAUUGAUAAUGUGGAAACUAACGCGUGAUGAUACGAAUUAUGGAACACCCCAAAAGCGACUUCGAGGUCAUGGUCACUUUGUGACAGAUGUUGUUAUGUCAUCAGAUGGACAGUACGCUCUGUCAUGCUCUUGGGACAAGACUCUAAGACUGUGGGAUUUAACAUAUGGUAAAACAACUAGAAGAUUUGAAGAUCACACUAAAGAUGUCUUAAGUGUGGCUUUCUCUGCUGAUAAUAGACAAAUAGUUUCUGGAUCCCGUGAUAAAACUAUCAAAUUGUGGAACACUCUGGCUCAGUGCAAGUAUACAAUUCAGGAAGAUGGACACAGUGAUUGGGUUUCUUGUGUACGAUUUUCCCCCAAUAAUAAUAACCCAAUUAUUGUUUCCUGUGGUUGGGACCGAUAUGUCAAGGUAUGGAAUCUUACAAAUUGUCGUUUGAAGACAAAUCACAUUGGACAUCAUGGGUAUUUAAAUACUGUUACAGUUUCACCUGAUGGAUCACUAUGUGCUUCUGGUGGAAAGGAUUGCAAAGCCAUGCUCUGGGAUUUAAAUGAAGGAAAGCAUUUGUAUACUUUAGAUCAUACAGACAUUAUCAAUGCUCUAUGUUUCAGUCCUAACCGAUAUUGGUUAUGCGUAGCAACAGGGCCCAGCAUCAAGAUUUGGGAUCUGGAAGGAAAGAAUAUGGUUGAUGAAUUGAGACCAGAUGUAGUAACACAUAAUUCCAAAGCUGAACCUCCUCAAUGUAUUUCUAUGGCUUGGUCUGCUGAUGGACAAACUUUGUUUGCAGGUUACACGGACAAUACAAUAAGAGUAUGGGCUGUUAGUCCAGCAACUCGCUAAUGUAUCUGAAAGAAGAAUAAAAUAUAAAUGUUA